GGUAUCGUGAGCCACGUAAGCCUUAUGCUAUGCAGUUUUAAAAUUUUAAGAACAAAGAAUGUCAGAAUAUUAGUGGGUCGUACUUGAGUAUUUUACCUGAUGAGAACUACAGAGAGUUUACCGAUAGAUUUUCCAAGAAGGAGCAGCUAAAUUGGGGAAAAACUCAGUUAUCAUUUUAGAAAAUUAGUUUUACUCUCUAGACAGUGAGUCGCCUUCUGUCAGUCGAAAAAUCUUCUCAGAAGGGGAAAAUUUAAAAAAAACUAAAACCACUUACGAAAAAUAUUCAGCUCUAGACAUUUAGUCGCCAGCUACCUUUUGUGUCGCAACCAUUCUCUCAGUAAGCUCGUGAAUAAAUUAAUUAAUUAAUCGCGACUUUGCACGCGGGUCAAAAAAAGUAAACGUCAAAAUGAAUAAAUUUAUAUUUUUAAUUUCAUUAUUUAUCAUCACAAAGUGUAACAAUGUCGCUGCCAGAUCUGUUUACCAGCAAGUAAACAAGCCAGAAAUUUUGCUCAAACAAUUGUUCCGAUUGGCCGAGUUACCGAAAAAAUCGGAUUUCAAAAAAUCCCGGUUGGAAAAAAGAUCAGCGCCGAUUUAUUUGAUGGACAUUUACAAAAAUACCGUCGAUCAUACGCCAGGAUUUGAAUACAACGAAACCGCCAUGGAUUUGACAGACCAUGACUUCGACAAAAUUAACAAGAGUGACGUCAUAAUGAGCUUCAUUGCCCAGCAGCCGCACAAAGGACGUGGAGGUAAACCAAAAUUUAUAAGACGCAUGUGGUUUGACGUAACGGAAAACAAUAAUGGCCAGCAGUUAAUUUCUGCUGAAUUGAAAUUUUUUCGUGACUGUUCUCGUGUCAAUAAACCGAGUAACCGACGUGCGUACAACGUGACUAUUUACCGUCGAGUUUUUGUCAACAGUGUACGGAAUCACGUCUAUGUAAAUUCAGUUAUCGUACCGGAAAAUUAUCACGGCUGGUUUUCGGUAAACGUCACUGAGUGUUUCAAAUUUUGGACUGACAAUCCGGUUGACAACCAUGGGGUCAAAGUUGUUGCGAUGCCCGUCGGUGGUGACGGAAGAAGAAGUCGGAAGGUCAGACCAGAACAUAUUGGGAUAGUGGGUUUUGAUGGUGAACCGGAAAGAUUCAGUUUCUUGGUUGGCUACUUCAGGGAUUUUGGAAAAAAUAAUCAGCUGCUGGAUAAAGUUAUUGGCGAAUUUUACCACCAUGAUAAUUUUCAUAGGAUCAGCAAAAGGGCAGCAAGGAAAAGCAAAAAUGUUUUGUGUAAAUUGCAUAAAGCCUAUGUCGAUUUUCGAGAAAUCGGAUGGGAUGAAUGGAUCGUCGCGCCACCGGGUUAUGACGCAGGGGACUGCGUUGGCGCCUGCCGGUUUCCGAUGUCCGAUUCUAUGAAUGGAACAAAUCUCGCUAUUAUAAAAGAAUUGUAUCAGGGAAUUGAAAAUAAUGAACUUUCAAAAUCACACUGCACUGCUAUUCAGUACGAGCCUUUGAAACUUUUGUUUUAUUCAAAUGAAAAUACUGUAGUUUACAGAAGUUACAAGGACAUGUCUGCUACUGCGUGCGGUUGCCGUUGAAAAUUUGAAUGAAGAAACGUAAAAUUUAAUUUUUGUAUUUUUUUUUUUUAUAAACUUUUUU